AUGAUUAACAGAUCUACAACCGCUCCGCCAACUUCAUCACUAACAUGGGACGAUAUCAAAGAUAUACACCCUAGAAUCAAACUAGCUAAAUCAGUGAAAAGAUUGUGUGAAAUUUUAAGUGAUAGAUAUGCCAAAGAGAAUGAAACCUGUAUCUGUUUCCCUUCAUACACAGUAGCGAAAAGAUGUAGAGAAUAUAUUGCUGUGAAAGUCACUAGAGCUUCAACGACAACGACUCCUCCUAAGGUUAGGAUUUUGCAAUUGGCUACUUCUAAACCAAAGGAUUCUAAUGAGAUGGCAUUCAAGAGGGAAUGUAAGAUUGCUGUAGUGUUCACAAAGAGGGAAUUUGAACCAUUGAUGAUGGAAUAUUGGAGAUUAUCAGGUGAAAUUAUUUCGGAGUAUUUGGCUGAAUAUGUAUUGCAUGAAUUGUUUAUGUUAGAAAAAUCAACGAGGACAACAAUACCUCAUUCCAUUGGGGAAGAAAAUGAUAAUGAUGAUGAGAAGGAAUUCAUUGAAUCGAGAUAUGGUAGGAAUUUCAAUUUUACAUUCACUGAUAGAGCGAAGAGUUUAAUUAAGAAGAGAAUUACUAAGAAUGUUAUGGAUUCUGAUUAUGAUCAUGAUCACGAUGAUGAAAACGAAAAUUAUCACUUUAAUGAUCGUAAUAAUGGUAACAAUAUGUCGACAUUUUUAGAUACCCAUAUUAAUGGAAAUAAUAAUAAUAGUAAUAGUCAGGGCUUUGAUGAUAGAGAAGAUGAAGAAGAACCAACGCCGUAUAUCCAUUCCACUAUACCAGCAGAACCAAUUGACAUGGAUGAAACAUUACCGCUAGCAAAUGAUGAACGAACCCAUACUAACAACACAAACGGCACAGUUUCUCGUACCGUAUCAGAUAUCGAUACAAAUCAUAUAUCUACCAGCAACAUGAGAAGUAAUAGUUUCGAUACCGAUAAUGGCAGUGGAGGGAAUUCCAUUCCAUUAAAUCCAGAGACAGAUGUUUAUUUAUUCACAAGUGGAAUGGCUGCAUUAUUUACAGCACAUAGGUUAUUAUUACAUUUUGAUUCCCAAAGGGUGGAUAGGUUAAGAUACUCUAUAACUGAUGACUCUACUCCAAGUCCUAAUGGUACGUUUAAUAAUAGAUUGAUUGGGUAUGGUAGUCCGUACAAGGAGACAGUAAUGUUUGGAUUUCCAUCUGUGGAUACAUUAGAAGUAUUACAAAAAUUCAACCAUACACAUUUCUUAUCUGAUAAUGAUGAAGAAAAUUCAGCAAUGAGCAAAUUGAAGGAAAUAUUACAUUCCGGUGAACAAAUCCUAGCUGUUUUCAUUGAAGCUCCAUCAAAUCCAUUAUUGAAAAUGGGUGACUUAAUUGAAUUGAAAAGGUUAUCUGAUAUGUAUGGAUUUUUCAUUAUUGUGGAUGAAACGAUAGCUGGGUUUGUCAAUAUUGAUGCGAUAAUACAUGCUGAUAUUAUUUGUAGUUCUCUAACUAAAGUGUUUACUGGUGAUUCUAACGUUAUUGCUGGUUCAAUGGUCUUAAAUCCCAUGAGCAAGAUUUAUGAUUUUGCUAAACGAUUCUUAAGUUUUCCAGAUGGAUUUGAAGAUUGUCUAUGGUGUGAAGAUAUUCUUUAUCUGGAAAAAAAUUCAAGAGAUUUUCUUUCCAAGACAACUAGAAUCAAUAAUACUACUGAAUAUUUAGUUAAUACGGUUUUAUCUCCAUAUGUUGGUAAAAAGGAAGCAAACGGUAAAUUAUUCAAGAAAAUAUAUUAUCCAACGACAACGUCAAAGGAAACUAAGAUGUGCUAUGACGCAAUUAAAUGUAAAACAUAUGGUGGUUAUGGUGGAGUAUUUUCCAUUACGUUCCAUGACAUAGAGAAGGCUAAAUUAUUUUUUAAUAAUUUGAAACUAUCAAAGACAAUCUCGCUAGGGUCUAAUUAUACUACAGUGUGUCCAUAUACGGUUUUGAAGCAUGGUGAUGAACUGGAAAAAGUUUCGGAGUAUGGAUUAGAUGAAACCCUGAUCCGAGUUUGUGUUGGCUUAGAAAACAAAACGUCAUUGAAAGAAAAUUUUAGUAGAGCUAUAGAGAAAACAAUGAAUAAUUAG